GCCGGGCUAGGCUCCUCCUCCUGCCUGCCGCGGCGAGCAUGCCGCUGGAUCACCGGCGUGUGCGGGGCCCGGAGGAGUCGCAGCCGCCGGAGGUGUGGGCAGCGGCCGGGGGAGCUGGGGAGGAAGAGGACGGGGAGGGGGAUGCGGCGCCGCGGGACCCCUGCGCCUUGCGACCGCUCUUCGCCCGGGCCGGACUGCUGAGCCAGGCUGAAGGCUCGGCCUACGUGGAGCUGGGCGGCGGCACUAAGGUGCUGUGCGCCGCCUGGGGCCCGCGGGAAGCGGCUGAGCCCGGCCUGCCGGCGGGAGGAGGAGGAUGGCUGCUCUGCGAGUUCCGCCGGGCCCCCUUCGCCGGACGCGGGGCUCGGUGGCGACCAGGUUCGGUGACGGAGCGGGAGGCCGAGCGGGAAGCGGCGGCGGCGUUGCGGGAAGCGCUGGAACCGGCGGUGAGGUUGGCCCGGUAUCCGCGGGCUCGCUUAGCCGUCAGCGCCCUGCUCUUGCAGGAUGGUGGCUCGGCCUUGGCCGCUGCCAUCAGCGCUGCAGCCUUGGCCUUGGCCGAUGCUGGGGUGGAGAUGUACGACCUGGCGGUGGGUUGUGCCCUGUGCCGGUCCCCCGGUCCCACUGCCCCUUGGAUGCUGCAGCCCGGAGAGCCUGAAGAACGCAGGGCUGUUGCUCGACUCACCGUGGCUCUUCUACCCGCCCUUAACCAGGUGUCGGUGGUGCUGGGUGGCGGGCAGGGCAGCUCUCCUGAUGCCUGGGCGCAGGCGCUGCGCCUUGGCCUCGACGGCUGCCAUCGUCUCUACCCCGUCCUGCGGCAGAGCCUGCUGCGGGCUGCCCAACGCCGCGAUGCUGCUGCUGCCACCACUGCCUGAACGCCAAUGAUGCCCUGAGUGCCCCUGUCUGGGGAUGGGGUUGUUUCCCAGAGCCUAUCCAAGCGGACCUCAGUGCUGUUGGGGACCCCUGGAGCCUGCCUGAGCCACACCUCACACUGCCUGAGACAUCCUGGAGCUUGCUUGAGCCAGCCCUUGUGCUGCUGGAGACCCCCCCAGAGCUGCCCAUACAGCUGGAGGCCCAAGAUACCUGCCCGAGGACACUAUAUCCUGCCUUCCCCCACUGCUGGAGAGCCCCCAAAGCAGCCCCCACACUGCUGGAGCAUCCAAGUGUGCCAGAGGAGCCCCCAUGUUGCAGGAGACCCCUCUGAGUGGCCCUGCAGGACCUCACACGCUGCUGGAGCCACCCCCAAGAACAGCUUCCUUACUGCUUCAGCUGACAGACCCUGCCUGAGACCUCCCUCCAAGCAGCUGCCUGCGCUGCAGGACCCCACAGCCCAUCCUCGGGUGGCCCCAGCACCAGGAUGGUGACCCUCACACCGAGCUGCCCAGCAUGACCAUCCACACAGGCAGGGUCCAGGCAGCACCCAGCAGAAACCAUGCCACCGCACAGACUGAAUCCCUUGGACCUUGUGCCCAGGCAGCGCUUCAGGGUGGCAGAGAUGUGUUUUGUUGGGUUCUCUUUAUAAUAAACCAGGUUUUCCAGGCAA